AUGAAAACAUGCUACUAUGAGCUUCUCGGUGUGGAGACGACGGCAUCGGACUCCGACCUAAAGAAAGCGUAUCGCCGAAAAGCCUUACAGUAUCAUCCUGACAAGAACCCUGAUAAUGUUGAGGAAGCAACAACAGUCUUUGCAACAAUUCGGUCUGCCUACGAGGUACUUGCCGAUCCUCAGGAACGUGCAUGGUACGACUCCCACAAACAGCAAAUAUUAAGUGAUGAUUUUGGCGCAGAAAAUGGUGAUGAUUACGAUGAAUACGAGGUCGAUGCUGCAGUUUCGGGGGUGACUACCGAUGACCUUCUAAAGUUUUUUAACACAGGGCUGUAUUCGCGAGUAGAUGACACGCCUGCAGGUUUCUACCAAAUUGCAGGAAAGGUUUUCGCGAAACUGGCAAGCGAAGAGGUCCGCUUUGGAAGAAUGCAAGGCCUGCCUAAAUUCGCUAAGUAUCAAGACGACUUUUUCGAAGCAGAUAUGGGUACACAAGGCUACCGCAAAGCUUUCGAAAAAUACUCAACGCAAGAAACGUUGCUGUUCCCGCCCUUUGGUGAUUCGAGCGCCGGUUUUCAGUACCUGAGAGCGUUUUACCGCGAUUGGUCAAGCUUUAACACUGUCAAAACCUUCAGUUGGAAAGACGAAUAUAUGUAUUCGCGCAAUUAUGAUAGAAGAACAAAGAGAGAGAUAAAGAAGCGGAAUGAGAAGCUGCGACAACAAGCCCGCAGCGAGUACAACAAGACUGUUAAGAGGUUUGUUGUCUUCAUUAAGAAGUUCGACAAAAGAAUGAAGGAGGGUGCAGCCAAAUUUGAACAGGAAAAGCGCAAAAAGCUUCAAGAAGACCUCAGGAAGCAGAUAGAAAAGGAUAGGCUUGCUAACUCGAGAGACGUUGGGGACCCUUUCAAGCUACAGAGCUGGCAAACAGUUGACGACCUCGACUGGGACGAAAUGGAAGCCUAUUUUGAUGAAUCCAAAACCGCUGAUGAUGCGCCGGAAGGGUCCGAGGAUGAAGUUUUGGUGUAUGAGUGCUUCAUCUGCAACAAAACAUUCAAGUCGCCUAACCAGCUUGAAAACCACAACAACACUAAAAGCCACAAAAAGAUGCUGCGGCAAAUCCAAAGAGAAAUGCAUAAGGACAACAUGGUUCUGGGGUUGGACGCCGUUUCAGACGUUGACGAGUUUAAUUCAGCCGACGAGGAAUUUGGAUCAAACGCCGAGGACCUGCAAAAAAUGGACGAGCUCGACAUGAUCAACGCAGAAUUGGAGCGGAUACAAAAAGAAUUGGAAGAAAUCUCCGACAAGGGUGACGACUCCCUGUCCCCUAGCGAUUCGGAAGUUCCGGAAUCGGCAACAGUGGGGUCUAAGGAGGGCAAGUCUACCCUUCCUGAUGACCAGAUCGAUGAGGAGAAGCACAGCUUCACAGUUGAUGAUGAAGUCGACAGCGAUUUCGAGAUUUCAGACGGAACUAAAAGUCCAAGUGCCUCUAAACAAGAGGAAGACGUGGAUGAACUGAGCAAGCUACUAGCUUCGCUUCAAGGAGGCGCGGGCGAAGAUACCGAAUCCGACAGCUGGGACAACAACAAGAAACCUAAGAAGAAGCAGAAGGGCAAAAAUAAAGCAACUUCGUCUGUCCAGCCCUCGCCCCCUCCAACCUACCAGUGCGGGACUUGUUCCGACCAGUUCACUACCAGAAACACUCUAUUCAAGCACAUCAAGAAAAGCAACCACGCUGCUCCUGUCAAAGCCACUAAGGCCAAGAAAUCAAAACGCUAA